CGCUGCCGAUCAUUCCUACGUCCCACCCAGCGCAUGAUAGUUCCACUUGUCCUGUCCUGUAAAUAAAUCGAUAUGGAGGAUCAUCUUUCCUUUCGGGACUACAGUUGCCCUGAUCGAUCACGCUUCAUUAUGAACCUUUGAGCUGCCUUUGUUUUUCUCCUGCUUCACCAUGGCAUCUGUGACAGUUGGUGAAAAUCAGCUCCAAAGGAUAAUCAGAGAUCUGCAUGAUGCAGUUGCUGAGUUGACCAGGGAGCAUGUGGAGAGCGGAGAACCCAUCACAGACGACAGCCCUAGUCUCCAUAAGUUCUCGUCCAAACUAGAGUACUUACUGCAAUUUGACCAGAAGGAGAAAGCCACUUUUCUGCGCAGUAGGAAGGACUACUGGGACUAUUUCUGUGAUUGCUUGGCCAAGAACAAAGGGGCUAAUGACGGCAUCCGCUUCGUCAAAUCUAUUUCAGAGCUGAAGACGUCUCUGGGAAAAGGCCGAGCCUUUAUCCGGUACUGCCUGGUGCACCAGCGACUGGCCGACACUCUCCAGCAAUGUCUGAUGAACCAGAGAGUCACAUGUGACUGGUACUACGCCCGCAGUCCUUUUCUGAAGUCCCACCUCAAUGUGGACAUCGUCAAUCACCUGUACGAGCUGAACGAGAUCCAGUUUGACGUCGCAUCCAGAGGAUAUGAUCUAGACUCCGAGUGGCCCACGUUCGCCAGGAGAACUAUGGGGUCAGCAGUGACAGGUGCCAACGUGUGGAGACCGCCCAGCCGCUGCUCCAGUGUCAACAGCCUCGUGAGCAACUACUCUCAGCAAGUGCACGAAUUCCUUCCAGGCCCAGAGUUCGGUAGCAGUUUUCAAGCAGACCUUGGGGAACUAGAAGAACUUUCUUGUAGUGCUGUAGAUGACCUGCACAUUGAACUUGACCAGUCAGAGUUAAUGAAGCAGCAACUUCAAGAUCAAGUUCAUCUGCUGACUGAUGAAGCAGCCGAGUUAAAGCAGGAGGUUGCGGAUCUCCAUGUGAAGCUACUUGCUGCUGAGAGUGUAGGCAAAGCAACAAAGCAGUCACCUAAUCACGAGACUGAAGGGGAGAAGCUAGAGGCUGGGAGUGAAACCAAGGAUUGGGCAAAGCAGGCUAAAAGAUUGGCUCAAGAACUCAAGGCUCAGGGAGAAAAGUUAAAAGAAACUGAAGAGGCGCUUCACAGGCUCCGUGCAUCUAGUGAAGAAAGAACCAUUUCAGUCCAGCAGGCUGAUGAGCUUCAAGCGACUGUUAAUCGCCUUAAUGAGGCUUUGACUUUAAAGGAACAGGAAGCAAAGGAUUUGCAUACUCAGCUGCAGGACGUGCAAACCGCACUACAGGAAAAAGUUCACCAGCUAGAGGAAGUUAAGAGAAAAGCAGUGAUUGAGCAUCAGGAGCUUCAGCAAAAACACUGCAGCCUAAAGGAAGCACUAGAUAAUGACAUUGUGUCUCUGCAAGAGCAGUUGAAGGCAAAGGAUAUCAAGCUUUCGAUCAUCACUCAGAAGUUCCAGCAGUUAGAAAACCAGAGCCUGGAAAGCCAAAGCAAGAAGCUGGAGGAGUACAAGACCCAGUGUGUCAACUUAAUGGAGAUCAAUGCAAAGUUGGUUAGUACAGUAAAGAGGAGCGAGGAAAGCAACAAGGAGCUGACGCAGACCAAAGCUGCUCUGGAGAGAGAACUGGCCUCUCUAAGAGCUUCCGAGGAGCAGAUCAAGGCCACCAAUGGACCAAGUUCCCAGGAGAACAAGACAUUAGCUGACCAUGAAUUAAUGGAUGGCCAAACUGAAGAGCUAAUUAAGCAGACAGCUCACAUAAAAGAUCUCCACCUAACCCAGCACUCUGAAACUGAAGAAGCAGCUUCCAGACUAGCUCUAGCUGAAGCUCAGCUAGACCUAAACAUGAAGGAGGUCUCCAGGCUCCAGGAGGAGGUUGUAGAUCUUCGAACCCGGCUCCAAGUGGCCUUAGAAGAGAGGAUGAAGAUUCAAGCUUUGCAGGAGGUUACUGAGGUAUCCAGGGCAGAACUUUGUGCUCAGACUGAGCAGCUGAAGUCGCAGGUGGAGGAUCAGAACCGUCAACACGUACAGAAGCUCCUGCAUUGUAGGGAGAAGGAGGAGGCUCUGGAGAAAAAGUUGAAUAUUGACACCCAGGCUCAAGCCAAGCUACAGACUGAGCUGGACUCCAUGAAGGAGGAGCUUGAUGUGCUGAAGAGACAGAACAAUGCCCUCGCCCUGGAGAACGAAGACGCUAGGGAAGCCCUUCACAGGGCCAAUACCGAGACUGCUGAAUUGGGCGUCCAGGUGUGUAUGCUGACCGGGCAGAACGAAGAGGCCAGGUUGCUUUGUGAGCAACUCUCAGCCAAGAUGCAGGAGAUGCUGGGGGGACAAAAUAACCUACAGACUCUCAACGACUCAGUGGAGACCCUGAGAAAUGACAAUGUGCGCCUCCAAGAGGAGCUGAGACAAGCAGGGGGUGUCAUGCAAGGCAAGAAGGAACUCCAGCAGAGGCUUGAGGGGGCGCAGGAGGAGGCUAGGAGCUUGCGAAAAAGCCACCAGAGAGAGCUCAGCGCUCUUCGGGUUCAGCUGAACGAAGCAACCACAAACCACCAAAACCAGAUGAAGGUUUUAAAUGAGGAGCUGCUGGGCACAAGGUCUCAGAUGGAAGCAGAGCGUGAAAAAGUGUCCCUUCUGGAGACCAGACUUACAGAGCUCGAGGUGAACAACAGCAGCCACAGUGAUGCGCUUGAGGAGAAAAAUGCCUACGUUGCAAAAUCUGACAUGUUGCUCCAGCAGAAAGAGGAACAGCUGAAACAAAUACAAAGCGACCUGGCAAAGGCUCAGGAGGAACUCGCUCUCAGCCAGAAAGCCUGUCAGGACCUGAGUGAGAACCUGCGCAGAACGCUCCUUGAGAAGGAGACGAGUGAUUUAAAGUCAUCUGCAGAGAUAGACGAUCUUUAUCGCACAAAGAGAAACCUGGAGGAGAGACUUAUUGAGCUCAUUCGGGAGAAAGAUGCCCUGUGGCAGAAAUCCGACGCUCUGGAGUUUGAGCAGAAGCUGAGAGCCGAGGAGCAGUCGGACCGAGAGCUUCCUUACUGCGCGGAGUGUCACACACAGUUCAGCUGGUGGCUGCGCCGACACAACUGCAAGCUGUGCGGCCGGCCUUUUUGUUAUUACUGUUGCGCCCACACAGUGAACAACCCGCAGGGCGGCGUCAGAGAGCGCUGCUGUAAGGACUGUUACACACGGCACGGUGCAGCAGAUCGUCCCCCUCAGGAGGAACUCGGAAGUCCGUUUCAGGUGUCCCACAGCCCAUUAAGCUCGACUCCCACCAGAGCCUCCAUGCCCAGUGUCACAGUGGCACCGCAGUCCCCCAGGGCAGACGACGCAGCGUUCGAUAUCAUUACAGAUGAAGAGGUGAACUGCAUUUACGACAACAGCGACAUGCUGCCCUACACCACGGCUCUGUCUCCAGGAAGCGGACAGCAAGGAACAACACACGAGAUUAGCAGCAGUACGAGCGGUGGUGACCUCACCGCAGACGAGUCGGAGGAUCUGCCGAGCUCGGUGCAGGACGCAGAGCUCUGCCUGCUCAAGUCUGGAGAUAUCACGCUGUCCAUACCAUUCAGCGUGGAAGAGAUCUCCAGCUUCGGUCGGGAUUCCAGAGAACUCUUCAUAAAGUCAAGCUGCUACAGUACCAUCCCCGUCACCGUGGUUACCGCCGGACCCACCAUCAGCUGGGUGUUUUCCUCUACGCCAAAGAGCAUCAGCUUUAGCGUGGUGUACAAAGAGAGCACAGACACACCACUGGAGCAGGCCAAGGUUCUGAUCCCUUUAACCCGGUGUAAGUCUCACAAGGAAACGAUCCAGGGCCAAGUGAAGGCUCGCAAGCCUGGAGAAUACACGCUUAUCUUCGACAACUCCUUCUCCAGGUUCAUCUCGAAAAAAGUGCAGUACAAACUGAAAGUGGAGCAGACGGUGGUCUACGAUGGCAUUGACGGCUCUUAGAGCAAGAGACGCACUCAUCGUAGAGACUUCUGUCUGUCUGGGUCAAAGGACAGCUGGUGUACCUGAGUUCUUCCUCCAUAGGAAGCCAAACUCAUUCCUUGAGCACAACACCCUACUGAUUCAAUGUCUUCGUUAAAACAAAUCAGAAUACAAGAUAUCAUAGAAAUUAUUUUUAGUACAAAAAGCAUUUUAGUCACGUGACCAAUUACAGCGUGAGCGAUCGGCCGGAGACGACAUGCACUACAAAAUCAUUGCUGCGCUUUAAAUAUUUAGUGUUGUGCUGCUUUAUGGAAAAGUCUGCUAUUAUAAAAAAAAAAUACAAAUCUAUUUUUACAUUAUUUAUGAUCAACCCAUUAACACAAAGACCGAAUGUUAUGUUAAAUAUAGUAUAGCAAAUGAUUUGUAAAAAAAGGGAAAUGGUUUGGAUUCAUCCCAAUAAUGCUACUUAAGACAGAAAGUCUUAUAUGCACAAGAGUGUUUACGAGAGCACAAGCUUCAAAUUAAAAUUUUAUCUCAGACAGCAGAAAUGUGCCGUCUCGUUAUCCGGGGACAGCGGUUCCGAGCGUUUAAAGGUUUUCUAGAGCGUCUCGGAGCGAUUACGCGUACGUCCAGAUGAGACGUGUAAUUGCACCAAGCACAAGCGCAUCCUAACGAGCUUUAAAAAAAAAAAGGCACGUUUUUUUUACAGCUCACUGCGGUUCUGUUCCGCUGACGUGACGAGAAAUUUUAUAAACAAGACCAUCGCUGCUCUGUAUUUAAAUGAGACUCCUGGUCUGUAACUCAGUGGGCUGUACCAAACUGAAGCACAGUAGUAUUUGUAUUUGAUUUUUAUUUUUAUUUUUUAUAUAUUUUUUUUUCUAUUGAUGAGAAUUUAAAAUGGUGGGUUGAGAAAUGAAACAUUUCCAAUUUUCCAUCUAGAAGAUGUUUGGCUAACAACAUACUGUACGCGUUUCUCAUUUUGUACUCUAGCCAGAAAGCGAACUGAAGACUCUAAAAAUAAAAAUAAAAGUUUUGUCGUAAAUUUAAACACAUUUUUUUUUUUUAUUUAAAAGCUUUUUUACAUAAAGUUGUAUGUAAUUAACCUGAAAUGAUUUUUAAAAUAUAAAAAUUCCCUAGGGAAUUCCGAUUAACAUAUGGACGAACAUUUUAAAUUUAGCUCCACCCACAAAACUUUAUAAAAGGGCAGAAAAAACUAAGCGCAAGAACUCGUCCUGUGUUUAUAGCGCGCCAUUUCUUUCCUUUCUUGCUUGUCUAGUUUUAAUUUACGGAUUUCUUUCAACCUGACCAACUUGACAGCAUGAACCGUAUAUAAAAAAUUUCAGUAACUCGUCACCAAGUCCACGACCUCAAACAAUUGUGGUUCUGAAUGUUUUUUUUUUUUUUUACUAUAUAGAUUACCAUAAAACCAUUCCUACCAACGUUUUAGUUCUAAAUCGAGUUGUUUUCUUAUGCAGGUUAAUAAAUUCGACGGUGAAGCCGUACAAUCUCGUUUUUUUACCCUGUUUAGGUCAAUACUGUUCUGUUUCACAGUUUGUUAUACAUUGUUCAUCCUCAUAUAUCCUGUACAUCCUCAUAUUAUAACAAUGUCCUAAACGUGGAUGCGAUUUUGAGGCAGAUGUUUACAGGAAAAAAUCUGGUUUGAGAUUUAGAUUUCGGUUUUAGUUUUGCAUUUUCACAUUAAGCUAAUUGUAUGCACUUGAUUUUUCUCUAACGUAUUUCCUUUGUCACUUCUGUAGAAAUUGACUUUUAUUUGACUGAUUUUAACCCUGUUUUUUUUCGACAGGUUUAAAAACAGGGUUUUAUUUCUUUAUUCUGAUUCACCAGUACAAGCGUGGACGAAUAUGCAACCGGACACUGGCACUAGAUUUAUGAGAGUGAUUGAUUAUAUGACUGUAUUGUACAAUUAUAUCACAGGAAUAAAUUGAAUAAUUAAACUGAUUGUGAACAAUCUGACAGCA